AUGCGUUUAUCUUGGUUUCUAGUUUCUGCCCUAGCAGCUCUGGUUGCAGCUGAUGAGCCCGGCACAACAACCUUGGAGUAUUUCGGUCUCAUUUAUCCUGCCAGCGGCCUCGACCUCCGCACCUACUCCAGCACCGCAGCCCGAGUCGUUACCAUCGGCAAGGACGCCACGACCUACGAGGUCGCCUGCCUGGAAGGCGCAUCUCAGUGCUCAUUGGGCCAUCCCGCAACCAUAGUCCAGGGCCUUACCACUUAUAGCGCCUCUAUGGUAAUGACUCUGUCUACCGACGGUGCUACAGCCGUUGGAACCAACAUCGAGCACUGCAGUUUCACCCGCUCUUCUGAAUCUGCUGUCUGCACGUGGACUUGGGAAUUCGCUGGCUCCGCUGGUACUUACACCGAUUCCGGUUCUUCUUCCGGCACAGAAUCCCUCCCUGCAUCUUCGAUUAGCUACCAUCAUCUUACUAUCACCGAUGGCGCUGGUGCUGCGACGGCUUCGGCUUCCGGGGUGAUGGCAACCCCUACUGCUUCUAGUGGUGCUGUGACGGCUUCGGCUUCCGAGGUGAAGGUCACACCUACUGCUUCUAGUGGUGCUGCUGCUGGGGCUGCGAAGCCUUUGAUCACUGCUGCGCCCUUGGGGGCUGCGGCUUUUGCGGCUUUUGCGGCUAUGAUCUAG